ACAGUGACUUAACAAUUUCGCGCCAACUAUCGUCCCAUUGCCGUGCUGGCUGGCUGGCUGGCUGUAGUUCCGUUCAACGAACGCACACAUCUUACCAACGCGGCUAAUCAUCAAUAAAACGACCCACUUCCUUUUCUUUCUUAUCAGUGUGUUGCGGUAGAGCUUAACCAAAUGUGCAAUGACCCGUUUCCACACAAAGCGUCGUCGUACAAACGCUACUAACACACACACGUACAUCGUUAUAUACCUCUUAAAUGAAUGAAUGUCAUCCCACAAAUCUGUUCAUCCCUAUUUUCUUUCAAAUAUUAAGUGAGGCACAUUUCGCGUGCCGGUUUAUAUUUCUUUAUCGACGAAUAUCCCCUUCCAAAGCUCAUGAAAUCCCAGUCCAUCUUUCUCUCUACUACCACCAAACCAGAUUAAUGUUUUGAUCUAAUGUUAACAUCCACAGAUAACCAAUCUCAAUAUGUUUCGCACUUGAAUUCAAACCAGAACGAAGGUCACCUUAUCAACAUACCUCACACUGAUACUACCAACGGCUGGGUUCUCUCUACUAUCAUAGCGGCCACUACAAUAAACAGUCGAUGCUUUCACACAAGCAAGUUGUAUACACACUUACGUGCGCGGCUAUUUUCUUCCCAGCAAAUCGUUAUGCGCCAUAAUGCUAAGGGUGUGUUGCUUAGGGUGUUACCCACAGUGGCACAGUGCAAUCCGUUCGCUCGGGGAGUGUGUAACACAACGGUAGCAAUUUGGUAACUGGCUGGCGCAAAAUGACUUGGAAACGACCGGAACAUAUUCCAUACCCGUCCGUAUGGCAUACAUUCCAAGCCAAGGAUACGGAGAGCGAUCAAGUGGUCACCUACCGGGUGCAGGAUCUUCCGGAGGAACGUUUUGAAGAAGCGAUCGCGCACAUGAUGGAAUACUUCGUGUACGAUGAGCCGACGUGCCGUGCAAAAGAAAUCGUCAAUGAGCAGCAAAGCGUUGAUGAGAUUGCCGACCUGUGGCGUGAAUUCGUGAAGCUGCGUCUUGUGCUCGUGUGCUUCAAGGAAGGCAGCGAUGAAAUUGCCGGCAUGAACAUGCUGUACGUUUCACAGCAAAGUGACAAGGAAGAGUAUCAGUGCAAGGGAAGCGUUUGGCGAUGCAUCUACGAUCUUGUCGAUUAUACGAUUAAGAAGGCAAACGUCUACGAGCGAUACGGGGUCGACAAAUAUCUUGGCGCAAUGGGACUGUCGGUGGCGCCCAACUACCGUGGACGGGGCAUAGCCACUGAAAUUCUGCGUGCGCGCAUUCCUCUGUGCAAGGCCGUUGGUUUGCCCCUAACAUCCACCUGUUUCACCGCGAUCGGAUCGCAAGUAGCAGCAGCAAAGGCCGGUUAUGAGGAAACGUACGUGGUGUCGUACGAAGACAUGGCCAAGGUGGACGAACGCUUCGUCUUUCCCAACAUUACCACCAAGUAUGUAAAGUGUAUGUCCAAACGUGUAGAAUAAAGCCAAUUUGAGAACAAUA